UUGUUGCCGUUGUGGUUUAUUAUUAUACCAUGCUAAGAUUGAUGUUCAUUUAGAUAACCUGAAUUUGGGUUUUGGAUUGGCAGAACUGUACUCAAGCAGUUGUCUGGUGUUUCAAAAGUGUGGAAUUAAAGUAAUGGUCACUGUGGGGCUGUACUACCACUACAGCCACCAAUAAUAAAGUAGGGAAUGCUAUAUUAGUAAAUAUUUAUGACUUAGCAAGAUAUUUUAGUAAUGAUCAAUGUCACAGUUGGAAGAUGGAAGAAAUUGUUUUUGCAUUGAAUUAUAAUCAAAGUGGCAUGUCUUAAGCUGGAGAUUUUCGAAAUUUAAUUGUUCAUGAAACUACUUGAGUGACAGUACUUUCAAAAUAUGUAAAGGCAAACAACCCAAGCCAAGGAUAUUGUGGCCACCAUUAUAGAAGUGAAGUACAUGAUAUUGUGGCCACCAUUAUAGAAGUGAAGUACAUGAUAUUGUGGCCACCAUUAUAGAAGUGAAGUACAUGAUAUUGUGGCCACCAUUAUAGAAGUGAAGUACAUGAUAUUGUGGUCACCAUUAUAGAAGUGAAGUACAUGAUAUUGUGGCCACCAUCAUAGAAGUGAAGUACAUGAUAUUGUGGCCACCAUUAUAGAAGUGAAGUACAUGAUAUUGUGGUCACCAUUAUAGAAGUGGACUGUUACUAUUUUACAUUUUCAUUUUAUUUUCGUGGAUGAAUAUUUUUUAAAUGCAUUAAUGUACAAACAUUUACAAAGGUUAACACUUUUAUAUUGGGGUCCUCACAAAGCAGUUUAAAAUAGCUGCGUCCAACAAGGUAAAAGAAAAUACAAGAGGAUAAGAUGGGUAAUACUCUGGAACAGCAUUUCAGGCGAAGUAGUAAUUGAAGGACUUUUUCUAUACAGUAGAGGAUGAACGCUUUCUUCCCGAAUGAAAAUCCCAUAAAAUAAUGAUGAAUUUACAAUGUGCUAAAUGUUUUUUUUUAUUUACAUCCUGAACACUUUAAUUUGUAGAUGAGUUGUGAUAUUCACUGUUAUGUAUCCAGUGUUUCUUUUCAUACUGUUACAUUGACACUAACUACCAGCAACCUUGGAACAGUUUUCAAGGGAAAUGAUAGUAGAUCAAUGGAACUUUUUGGGGGGUAAGUUUAAGGUGCAGUUGUGUGUGGUAUCCAGCCACUUAAGGAUAAAUAUCUACAAGAAAACAUUUCUUACCUCAAAAAUAAAACAAAUUGGGUGGAGGAAUAUCACUUUUCCUAUUCAAGUUUUUCCCCCUAGUUUUUCUUGACAUCAAGAAAUACGCAGCCAAUGCUGAUAUGUUUACUGCCACCAUUUUUGUUUAUCUGAACAUCAGAAUUUAUAAUCUGAGGUCACCACCUGAACUUUUCAUCGGCAUUGCUAUUCCGUUUCGCAUGCCAAAAAAACGGCAGAGGUAACAGCAACUUAACCCGAUGGCUGUGGUAGAGUGAUUAGCGGAUUGGUGUGCAAAAAACACAUACUACUGUAUAUUGAUUUUCCCCGAAUAUCAUUUUAACUCUUGUGGAUUAUAAAAGACAGUGUAUAGAAGAAUGUGGAAACCAAAUAUAAGUCCAUUACUUAACUUAGUUUGGCCGCCAGUCUCUCAUAGGGUAGAAAAGGGAUUCUAACCUAUUACUCAUCCAAACACUCGAUUUAUUUGACAAAUUUACUGAAAGUAAAUACAGUUGAAGUUUUCAACAUCACUCUCAAUGGAUCUUGAAUGUUUCAGCUAUAAGUGGGUAAUUUUGAAUAUAUAUACAACAACAUGCGAUUUCAUGAAGUUUCUUAAACGGAGGAUAGAGGAAACAUACGUCUCAGUGGAGGGACUCGAGAAACUGGCAAUUAAAAGUAUCCCAUAUUUGACCCUGCCAGUUAUAAAAAUUUUCAUGCGCUACAUUCAAACGAUCUGAAUUCCAGAAUGUAUGUCACACUCUUUUGCUUAACAUUCGAGAAUGUAUGUUGCAGUUAUCGGGUUAACAAAAACUUUCCGGUGCUACUAUAGCGUGUGGUCUACAAAGAUAUCUGUAGUCUAACGUAACCUGAUUUAAGCUAACCUAACUUACCCUGAACUAACCUAACCUAAUUUAACAUAACCAUACCUAACCUAACUUUAUCUAAUCUAACCUAAGCUAACUAAAUCUAAAUAUCUUAUAAUCUUGUAGACUGCAUGCUAUAGGAGCACCAAAUUUUCUUUGGAUGAUGGUGAUAAAUUUCUUCUUCAGUUUAAUAAAAAUAGCAUCCCAAGAAGGACGAAUAUGACACUUAUUAUUAAUGAUAGUAGAUAGGUAGGAUUUGGAAUUUUUCAAUUACAGGUAUAGUACAGAGGCAUACCUGUAAGAAUAUUACAUAUAUGUAUUAGUUUGGCAAAGCAGGUGAACCAACAAAACAAGCCUACCCACCUACCUAACCAAGGAUGGAAGUUUAUUGAGUAUAAUUAUCGUUUCGGUUAUCCAGCGAAUUUUAGGAUUUUAAGUUUUGGAAUCGUUAGUUUAGAUAAUUCAAAGACACUUUUCUUCUAUUGCGUUUCCGUUGGAAAUUUAAGUUUUUUGAGUAUUUUAACCAAUAAAAUUACCUACAAUAUUAUUUGUUCAAAGGGAGCAGGGCUUUGAAGUACAGUAAACCCUUGCUAUUCGUGGGUUUGCGAUUCCCGAUUUAGACUAUUCGCAGUAAGCAGAUGGUGGCUAGCUAACGAGCCUGCCCGCAGUGCAAUGAGUCACCCCCACGUGCCCGCAGCGUCUCCUCUCGCUCCUCUCUCUCUUUGAUUGUGCUCAGCCAUUGCUUGUGACGUAGCAUCUCUUGUGUUGUAGGUAAUCCCCGUUAUUCAUAGCCUCGGUAUUCAUAACCCUGUUUAUCCGCAAUCAAUUUAUUGUUACCCAUUUCCACUAUUCGCAAUGGUUGCCCCGUUUAUUCGCAAAUUCUUACGAGCAAAAAUUUUGAACCGCGCGCCUCAACCAUAGCAUAGGACAGCGUGUGUACAUAUUCCUCCGCCAUACGCUCCCGCUCACCUCAGUCUCACACGUACUGGAGUGUGUUUUAUGUGAUCUCGCAAUGCCUAAGCGACCAGCUACUAAAACUCCCAGCAAUGUUGCUAAGAGAUCACGCGUGGCAGUUAUGUUGGACGUGAAAUUGGAUAUCGUAAAAAGACAUGAACACGGGAGCGUGCACGGCUUGGCUCCCUCUACGGUGCAUUCUAUAGUUAAAAGGAAACGUAUAUCAAUCCACGACCCUGGCAGUGAGGAGAGUGAGGUGGCUGAUGACCUUGGCAGUGAGAAGAGUGAGGUGGCUGACUACCCCAGCCUCCUCUCACCCCAGUAAACUUUCACCCUCUCCCCUAAUGCCAACUUCAACAAACAAGCAACACAGCACAUCAGAGUGAUCAUGGCGGAGGUGAGGGAUUUGAAUGUGGGUGAUGUGCUGGGGCUGUUGGAGAGUACGCAGGAGGAAGUCUCUCAGGAAGUCCGGGCACUGUUGAAGGAGACCUUUGCCACUGUACGUGAACCAUGGCUUGUCAACGGCUUGCUGGAAUAUUUCUAUGUAUCCAACAGUGGUCGCCUCUUGGAUAUUCUGCUGGGAGUAGGCGAACCUCAUGAUCGCCAUCUCUUAGAUAGACUGAUGGAUGGAUUAAAGGGAUCGGAUCGCUUUCGUCAAACCUGCAUCUUGCUUUAUGCUGUCCGCCGUCAACCGCCUCCCAUGUGGUUGAGGAAAUUUCUUCAGCAUGGUGCCAUGCGUGAACUUCUCCAUGUCCUGUUAACAGAUGAAGAUGUCCCUGUUUUAGUAGGCGCUGUCAUGGUUGUGGUGGUUCUCCUUCCAGCUUUACCUCUUGAGAUGGGGCGGAUGCAUCUGUCUGCGGUUUUGGAUAUCUUUUGCCGGUUGGUACGAUGGACUCCAAAAAAAGAACAUGAUGAGGCUUUCCAACCUUUUUUACAAGUGGCUGUGUAUUCCCUAUUUCAUAGACUCUAUGCCCUAUAUCCAUGUAAUUUCCUUACUUGCUUACGAAAUAGUUUCUCGAAGCCAAAUUCAUCUGCCUGUUUCUUCAACACUCUCAAACCAAUGAUGGAAAAAGUCCGUCUUCAUCCAUUGCUAAUAACUGAAACCAAGGAAUCUGAACUAACUAGAGCUAGAUGGGUGGGUCUGGAAACUCACCACUUGAUUCUUGAGUGUGCUAAGCUUUGCCUUGAUCCCAUUGAAGCAACAUGUGAGGAUGUCUGUGGCUCCUUUUUUAAUCGAAAUCAAGGCUAUGAUUUGGGUUUGGAUACCCUACCUGUACCCACCAACUGGGUGGUAUGUGCAGUUGAAAACAACUUUUGGUCUCCUAGUUUGUCUUUGCCUUCACCAUCCAUGCUUUCAACACCUAGAGGGUCAUCAUCUUCUGUACCCCUUACUCCAGUUUUUCCAAUUAACACCCCAAACCUGAAAUUAACAGGCAAGGUAGCAGAAUCUCCACCCGAAACAGCCAUCGAGGCCACCCCAGAAACAACACCCUUCACAUCCCCAAUGAAAAUGGAAGCCAGCAAUGUGGAUACCCGCCGACCUGCUGCUGCAGUGUGUGCCUUAACCCUCAACACAAGUGUGGCUAAGGACAACCAGACUUUGGAUGUAGAGGCCAAUGCUAGCCCCUUGUCACCCAUCAAAAAAGAUCAAGCUCCAUUUCGAUUUCCUGAUGACCAGUGCCAGGAUAUAUUCUCUCGGGCAGAGCGAUCCACCCUCCUCCAAAGUAAGUUGCAACAGAUAUUGAAAGAACGACAACAAAAUCAAAAGGAAAACAACAAGCCACUAGAAGGCAAGAUUGACAGUGAAAGCAAAGAUGUUGAUUCAAAGGAUAUUAAAGAAACGAAAGAAAACAGUGCAGGGAUACCUAGAAAGGCCUUAGGGGAGAGGCAAAACUAUAGUACCUGUAUAUCAGCAGCAGAGAAUGAAAUUGAUUCUUCUAAAGGUGAUGGAAGAGUCACACAACCCGACCAAGGGAAUAGAAGACGAAAGCUCUCGAUGUAUGAUGGCAGUCAAAAUAUUGACUUUAAACAGCUAGGAGUUCCUGUAGAACAAUUUUCCAAUGGGAAUAAUGACCUAAACUUUUCCAAUGACACAGUUAUAAAACCUGAACUGGAUAAUGAAGAUCAAAAUUACAGAUUAUCCACUGUUAUUGACCGUAGAAUAUCAGAGGAGAAGGAAUCUGAUGGCAGUGAUAGCAGAAGAUCUUCUGAUGAAACUAGGGGGUGUGAAAGUACAAGCUGUGAUGAGCCAGAGAGCCUAGGAUUAGGAGUGCCCAACCAAAGAUCAAUGACUGACCUUGUAAAGAACAUGAGAACAAUGAGAUUAAGAUUUCUUAGUCAGUGUGGCCCUCCACCUGAUCUGUCACAGUACAACAUGGUGGGGGUAGCUCGAGUGGCUGUAUCUCCCACAAAAUCUAUCAUUACUCCCAUUAGAGCUCAGUCCAAGAGUUUGUCCUGUCCAGAUCUGUCAGUGGAUGGCAGUCCCCAAUCAACCUCUAUCCAUGAGGGAAGGGUAAGGAAAGAGUCGGCAAUGUCAUCACUUACAUUGUCCCCAAUAAGACAGGCAGUCGAGGUAAGCGAAGCGACAACACAAACGGAGGAAAUCACAGUUAUCAAUCCCUAUGAGCAACUUCUUGGUGCUCUAGUGUCUGGUCCAACAUCUGCUCACCAGCCCAAAAGUUCAGAAACCAAUUCAAGUAACACGGAGUUUACUGUCCCAUCGCCACACGAACUGUUGGAUCAAUACUUACGAAUUAGUACCAAGAUUGGUGAGGAGGCCAAGAACAUUUUGUGGAAGCAACCUAAUCAAAUAGAAGGGGGACAUGAAGGAUGGAAAAGCCAGGUUCGCCUCAUGCAGAUCAUGCUGCUUUUGGAAAGACAUAAGCGUGAAGUGCAUGCUGAACGCAAUCGCAGGCUGCUAGGACGGGCAAAAAAGGUGUAUGCACUUGAAGAACAGCAAAGAGGAUUACGAGAGAAAGUAACUCAACUCGAAGGGGAAGUUUCAAAUCUGAAACAUGAUAUACGAAACUUGCAGGUAAACGCAUCGGGCAAGGAACAGCAGCUACAGUUGGCCCUGACCCAACAGCAGACAAAAGUUAGCCAAAUACUCGGAGAACAAGAAGUUUCAAAACAGGAUCGUGAGUUGUUAAAGAAACAGUGCAGUGCUCUUAGCAAAGAAAAUGAAUCUUUGAACACUCAGUUGCAAGCUGCCCAGGCUGCCUUGCUAGAAAAGGACAGACAACUUACCGUCCAAGCUCGAUUAGCCAACGAUAAUGAGCUCUUACGUAACCAGGUGGAGGUUUUACAGAAACAAGUUUGUCUCAUGGGAGAAAUACAGGACCAGUAUAAACAGGAAGUUUGGAAGUUAUCAUUAUCAGGUGGUCCUGGUGCUAGGAUGGGGAUGGGAUUAGAGCGUAUAGCUUCCCAGCAACAGGUUGAAGAGCUUGAAGAACAGUGUCGUGUUGCUAAUACUAGUUUAGAUGCUGCACUAAACCGUGUAGCCCAGCUGGAAGCUGCCCUAGCAGAAAAGAAUAAACAACUAGAACAGCAGCAGAAUGCAGUGAAAGCAGCCAGGGAGGUUGGAGCUGAACAGUGUCGGGCAGUAGAGCUGCGUUGCCAGGCAUUGGCUGCAACGAACCAAACAUUAGAGAGUUUCACUCUGGAACAAAAUGACCGUAUAGAUAGACUAAUUCGCCAAGUUAGAAAGUCACAACGAGGUAAAUCUGUUUGUAGUGAUGGUAUUGACAUUGAUUUGGAGUUGUCUGCUUCCCCUUCUUCAGCUAGUGUCAGCAGUGCAGCCACAUCCCCCCCAGAUGACCCUCCCUAUUCUGCUGGUUCACUUUUGGGGAGGCAGCCAAUUGUGCUCAACAAGCUUGAUGUCCUUGCAGGACAAGAGACGGAGCCUGAGGGCCAAUCACGCAGGAAGACUUAGAUAUGGUGUAAUAGUAGUGUCAUGUCUGUUGAGAACACACUGAACCAUUUGUAACACAGAUUGAGGAUGCAAUAAUUGUUUUGUGAGGAUGUUGGAAAGUGUGUUUAGUGAACCUUGUGGUAGAGUUGUAGGACCACUCAUAGCAGCAGCAAAUAUUGAAAAUGUUGCUCAUGUAUGUUUGUAAUGAGGGCAUGUCAGAUGUGAGAGAUCUGGUUGUGAUUGUAGUGACAUGCCUUGAUGCUUGUUAAACAUUCACUAUCCUUUGAUACUGUUGUUGGACAGAUUGGAAAACGAAAAAAAUUACUGGUAAAAAUGUGACGCUUAGCCUCUUAAUUUAGUGAAGUAAUUGGUGAAUCGAGGCAAGUAACAUUGUAUUGUGUAUCCUUGAACUUCUGCCAGAUUGUUUUGCCUUUAUAGACCAAGUUGAGAAUUUUUGAAGUGUGAAAAAUAUGGAUUAUGGUAUUUGUAUUAGUAGUAUGGGGGUCGAAACAUUUUGUGUGAUGCAUUGCCUAGUGUUUUGUAUAAGAAGAGAAUAUAUAACCCAAGACACGUGGCCAGUGCUAUCUUGUACUUCAACAUAGUUACAGGCAUAAUUUAUUCUGACUUGGUCUAUUUUUUUUUCCUUAGCAGAAUCCCACACACUCUCAUCUAGUUCAUCUCCUGGUGUCUUCUGUUGUGGGUAAAUACUUAUGAGUAUACAGUAUGGUAAUUAAUGUUGACAUUCAUGCUAUUGCUACUUGUUAAGCUUUUUAAAUUCAUGUAAAUGUAGCUUUCAA